AGCACACCCUGUUUAAGGUGCAGUGCCUUAUUUUUUAACCUAUAUAAACGAAGACAUAUUGCUCGUUGGUUUAUUAUAAUCCGAGAAUCAACAGAAAUAUGGAAGUUCUAAAUCAAACGCUAUAUCUAAGUUUGCUGCUAAUAUCAUCACUUAUUUCGGAUAUACUUGGGUAUGAAGUGUGCUACUCUACCACAAACUAUGAGUAUUACUGCGAAGACGGGUACUACUGCUGUGAAAAUGACACUAAGUGCUGUAAAGGCAAUCCAGGAACAAGCUUGUCAGCUGGGGCAAUUGCGGGUAUAGUGGGUGGAGUUUUCUUUUUCGUAAUCUGCUGCCUUUGUGUGUCACGUGUUUGUGUAAAGAAAAAGCAACAACAGCAACAAAUCGUGGAACCAGUACAGCAGCCUGGAGUCGCUGUCGUCGCAGCAGGACAGUUAAGACAACCUAAUUAUGAUCUACCAGUUUAUGGAAUGCCAUCUUACGGUCAACAACAGUACGGUUUCCAGCAGCCAGAAAGCGAUAAUAAAGCGGAAUCUAAUAACCCAGCAUUUCCUCCACCACAAGUAUAUUAUCCUCCUACGGAGAAAAAAUAGCAUAUUCGUCGCGGGGAAACAGUCGUACGGGUAACAGUAAUUUGGUUUCCAGCACCAAGACUGUGAUUUAAAGCGGCUACAGUAUAGACAAUCUAGCAUAUCCACUGAAUGCUAGGAAUUGCUCACGAGCGAACUGUGAUACUAUUUAAAUUGCAUUAUUUACGUUUUUGAUAUCAAAUUUGUCUUUAAUGUUUCGUUAUUACUGGUGGGGCUGAAAUUAGGAGAAUAGAGCAAAUGGUGAAACUUUCAGGAAUUCUUCGUCAGAAUUUGGACACUUCAAAAAUGAAGUGUGCCCAAACAUAAUACAUGUAUCUCAAAAUGGACAAAUGAAAAUAGACACAUGUUAGACAUAUAGAUGGUGUAUAGCUACCUAAAUAUUUAUUUUUGCUCUUUAAACCACCCGGUAUUACAAGUAUAAAAAGAAUAAUAGAUCCUUCUAUUUUAAAAAUGGAAGCCAAAAUUUAGACAACUUAUUUAAAAUAUAUAUAAUACGUCUCAAUUCUGGAACCACAAUAAUACAUAUAUGAAUUUCGGCUUAAUUGAUUUUUUGAUAACCACCAUAUAUUUCACACUCCGCCGAAAGAAAAUAGUUCCCAAAUGGCAGCACAUAGAAGGUCACAAUUAGGUAAAUAGUUUUCCCUAUAUAUUCUAUAUAAAACUGACCUUUUUUAAAGAGCUACCAAAUAUAGCUGAACCCAUUUCAGAGAACAAAUCAUUACCUCGUUUUAAAGAGUUAUGAUAAAACUGAUAUAAAAUGAAGAGAAAAGUAGGGGUCAUGUAUCUUCUAAGAGAGAUUUCUCUGGUCACAUUUGCUUACUGUAAACUGACACCAAAAUCACACUGCUCUGUCCUGGAAGUACUACUCAUACUAAAAUUGAGCUCCACUUCACCAAAUACAACCUGCUCUCCCAUUUUUCCUUCCAAAAUGUCAAAAAUAUAUGCACAAUGAAAUUUAAACACAAACUAGCUGCAAUUUAGACCUCUGUUGCCAUACCAAGUGAAAAAUUAGUGUUCAAAUACCUGGCAGCCAUUACGCGACUAGACCAGAUGGCUCCCACGCUGGUUCCUUUAGUUUAGUUAGGCCUAUAAGAAAAACUGUUUUUCUGUAAUAGUCUCAAUUUCAUUUGUAUAGUACCAGUAACAUAUCUGCAUGAAAAUACCAAGUUUCAGCUUGAUUAAAUCAGUUUUCCGGGUUUUAUGGCAUUUUCAGUAACGCGGUCCCUGUGCCAAUUUUCCUUCAAAAUUGAUGUUGCGACAUAAUCUUUAACCAGUUCUUCUAGCCAGAGCUAGUUUUUGCCCUAUUUCAUAAAUUGUCACUAUAAUUUGUAAGCAAAUAACACACUAACACUUUAAAAUAUACCAAAUGUCCCUCUGAAAGGUAUAGAUGGGCAAAAUGUAGAGUGUAAAUGUGCACUUUUUUAAACAAAAUACACCCAAAACAGUGAAAAUGUGAUUUUUUGGGUUUUUAUCAAUUUUUGCAGCAAAAUUUCAAUGAAAUGCUCAUUUUUUACCAAAAUCUGACCAAACUAGUUCAUUUAUAUCAAUAUCUGGACAAAUCUCAAUUUUUGCCCACAUUUUCUUAUAGGUCACAAUUACGUAAAUAGUUUUCCCUAUAUAUUCUAUAUAAAACUGACCUUUUUUAAAGAGCUACCAAACAUAGCUAGACCCACUGCAGAGAACAAAUCAAUACCUCAUUUUAAAAAGUUAUGAUAAAACUGAUAUAAAAUGAAGAGAAAAGAAGGGGUCAUGUAUCUUCUAAGAGAGAUUUCUCUGGUCACAUUUGCUUACUGUAAACAGUUAACUGACAUCAAAAUCACACUGCUCUGACCUGGAAGUACUACUCAUACUAAAAUUGAGCUCCACUUCACCAAAUACAACCUGCUCUCCCAUUUUUUCUACCAAAAUGUCAAAAAUACACCCACAAUAAAAUUUAAACACAAACUAGCUUCAAUUUAGACCUCUGUUGCCAUGCCAAGUGAAAAAUUAGUGUUCAAGUACCUGGCAGCCAUUACUAGACCAGAUGGCUCCCACGCUGGUUCCUUAGUUUAGUUAAGCCUAGAACAACUGAAAUUACCACGCUUCUCUGCGCGCUUUAAUUGAACGCAGACGAUUAGUGUAAACGCAAUCAGACGAUGUGCCCGCUGAAAAAACGAAAAAGACAUUUACUAGUUUAACAUUCCCAACAGAAAAGGGACAUUACUGAUCUCGGACCUGACAGAGUCAAUACAUUUCAAGACAAUCCGUCCUCUAGUGUUUACAAUGUUUUGAUAUGUAAUAUGAGAGAGGUAUUUCUCCCUAGAUAUUGACUGUUAUAAUAAUAAACUCCUGUUAUUGAUUUAAAGUAUAAAAAGGUAGUUAAUCACAUUUGAUAAUCCGGAAGUGAUGUAUCCAGAUAACGUUGAAAAGUGUAGCGAAGUUCAUUUCGUCCAAAUACUAAAUCACUUUUACUUCCUGUGGAAACCACUUCUAUACCCGAUACAUUUGGGCAUUUUUGGUCUCUGUCACUAAUUCCUUUCUAGUAAUUUAUAUCUAAACGAACAUGUAAUCCUUUUGUUAUUUCAUGAUCAUUAAAAACUUCUAAAUUAGAUCUAUAUUAAGAUUCACCAUUAUCUGGGUUCUGCUUACUUCCGUUACUGAAUCAUACGAAAUUGUUCCAAAGUUAAUCGAGUUAAAGAUGGAGAUAAUUUGUGACGUUAUAUGGAUAAAUCGUGACCGCCACUGGGUACCUAUUUGACAUCAACUGGAGGUGCACCUUUUGGUUUUGAGGGUUUGUGGCCUUUUCUUAUAAAUAGCCCAGAUUUUCUAUCGUAUUGUCCGCUUUAGGGACGCUACCUCUAUCGGCAAUGACACACAGAAACGCUCUAUCUGGAAAGGUAGUAUCCAGAUUUGUCCACUAUAAAAUGUCUUUAAAGGUCCUAAAUCUGUACUAUAAAACAUACUACAUCAGAGAAUUAGGCAGUUCCCUUAACUGGAGUAGUUUACGGAUAUAACUGUAUAUGUAACCAUAGUGCCUUGUAUGUAUGUUUGACUACUAUGGAUGAUGUUUGUUAUAUUUUGAAGUAACCACUGGCGGCAUGGUGAGCCCUUAGAGUGAAAAUGGUCAAUUUAGCCGUCUUUACAGUGUUAAUAACCUUUAUUGCUGCCUGUAUGAUAAUAAUAGCAUACUUUUGAUCGUAUGAGUAAGAGACAUACCUACUACCAUUAAAAGCGGGAUGUGCCCUGUGGCGAUGAACAGGGGAACAAAAGCUUGAUCCCCGUGUGUGCCUGGAGAGAAAAUAAAUGGCCAAUUUAGCCUUCUUUACACAGCUUUUGGCCUAAAUGUCCGCCUCUAUGAUGAUGCCAGUUUGCUUAAAUCAUAAUGCAUUCUUCUGUAGGUAAGGGACAUACCUAAACAACCAUAUCCUAAAUAGCAAGGUAUUUCCUGUGGCCGUGAACAGAGGUACGAAUGUUCGAUCCCCGUUUGUGACCAGAUACUGCUAAUGGUCAAUUUAGCCUUCUUUACAGUGUUUAUAAACUUGAUUUCUGCCAGUGUGGUUAUAAUAGUAUGAUAUUGCAUUCUCAGCAGGAAAGGGACGAGCUUGACCUAUGCACACAGACCUUGGUGUUGCCGGGCGUAAAUAUGGUUAAUCCAUUGAAACUCACAAUGUUCAAAGCUUUGCCAGUACUGUUCCAUAACAUUUCAAUUUGGAAGUUGUUGGUAACCUUCUUAAUAUAAAAAUUACAUUAAAGUUUGAAUACACCUAUUUAAAAGGACACGUAUUGCAUUUUAACUAAAAAAAGAACAAGUUUCAGUUUAUAGAGAUUUAAAUGAAAUUUAUAUGAUUCACUUCGUCCGACAACUGUGACAGAUUUAUUAUUAAGGAUAAUUGAACAUUUACAUAUUUAAAGUUGACCUUGAUCUUUGAUGGGUCUAGGCAAAGGUUUUCUGAACUCAAAUGAUUAUGUUGUUAACUUCAGUGGUGCAUGUAGAGCACAAGAAUUUAAAGGCUAAAAAGGUGACUUUUAUAUAAGGUAAAAUUUGUAUCAUUUGUACUGUAUAAGAAAUAAGAACAUUUUGACAUGUUGUAAAUUCAUAAAUGUCUUUGCUUUUAGAAUACUGAAAUCAAUUUACUAAACUAUUUAGAAGCACUAGAUUGGGAAUCGACCAACUAUUGGAAAAGUGUGAACGUUACUUUAUUUAUUGAUCAUAAUCAUUAUAAUUUAUCUUAAAUCAUUAGUAAAUACAUUUGUAGUAGAGUCCUAUAGCAUGUUAUGUAACACGAAUUAGUUAGUUUGCAAAUACAUUACAAUAUAUUAAUGAUACAAGCUUUUCAAAUGGCCUACUCAUGUUGUUUCUAUCAAAAUCACAUUUUUUCCAGCUUUGCAAGAAAAAUGAUAAAUAUGGCUGUGAUCCAAUCUUGUACAUUAUUGAUCUAUAAAAUGAGCAUUUAAGCUCGCCUUGACGAAAGUCAUCAGAUAUUAUUAGGUUAUUCAACAUUGUUCUGUACAAUACGGAGAUAUAUUUGGACAAGUACCCAGCUGAGAAAACCAUAUUGGACGAGCCACUAAAAAAUACUUCACACAAUUCUUUCCUACUGUAACAACAACUGAAAAUACCUCUUUUUGUACUUAGCAUUUCUUACACAAAUAAAAUUAAAAUCUUC